AUGGAUAAACUCUCAUAUUUAAAGAAGUACAUGGAUAAUGGACAAUCGAAAACAAAAGUUACUUAUCAAAAUAAUAUUAAAGAUUAAGAUAAUAUUGAUGUGUUGAUGGGCAGAGUAAUAAGCAAAGAAAACUAUGAUGAAAUGGAAUAAUAGCCAAUAUUUGUAGAGACUGUAGAAUCUAUACUCAUUGACAAAUAAAAGAAAUAGCUGUUUCUCAAGUAGAUGAUGAACAAAGAGAGAAGUAGAAGCAACAGUCAAGGAUCUAGUUCAUCUGAUUCAGACUCAGACUCAGACUCUGAUGAUUCCUCUAGUAAGUCUGACUCUGAUAUGUCUGUCGAGAGAGCACCUAAACCUCAAGAAGUUAUUCAUAGAGAUGUCAAGACUGGUCAGAGAAUUACUUAAAGUCAAAGAGUUGAAUAGGAGAAAUAAUUAAAUCCAAAAUUGAAAGCCAAAGAAGAUAAAUAGACCAUUCUUUAAGCAAACAAAUAGCAAAUUGAAAUGUGGUCUAAGGGACUUGUUUAGAUUUAAGAGAAAUAGAAGAAGUAAGAAGAUGCUCAAUAAGCUUUAGCAACCAAGAAUGAAGAAUAGAUUAAGUAAAUUGAUAUGCAAUUGAUGGGUCAACAGAAGUUUGAUGAUCCCAUGAGGAAGAUGAUUUAAGAUGAAGAUGAUAAGUAAAUCACAUUAAAGCAAUCUGAUUUCUUACUCAAAUGCAAAUUCCCUCCUCCAAUCAAUAGAUUCAAUAUACUGCCUGGAUUUAGAUGGGAUGGAGUCGAUAGAAGUAAUGGUUAUGAGAUGAAGUUAUUGAACUCUAUCAAUGAUAGCAAAUAUAAGAAAUUAGAAAUGCAACUUGAAAAUAUGAGAGAUUAAUGA